GUGGGUUGCAGUGACGAGGUGAGCCUGCACAAUACGCACACAUCCAUCGGACAGAAGACACCAAUUCGUUCUGAAUUGUCCAAUUCAUUAGAAAAACAAUGUCCUGACUGACAUCUCUCAGAGAUCUGGCAGCUAUGGACUGGGAGAAGUCAUUGAACCGAUCCAGGGUGAACUCCUCUACUGCAGCCUCUUCGUCAUCUCCGACCACAUCCGACUCUUUCUCCACCUCCACCUCCUCCUCUUGCAACUCCUCUCACCUCCUCCUCUCCACCUCCCCGUUCCUGGUCCCUUCCUUUUCUGGCCUGGACCUCCUGUUCGACCUGAAGCCCGUCUUCAUCCCCCUCUACUCCGCGGUGGCGUCGGUCGCCUGCUCCGGCAACCUCCUCCUGCUCUUUCUCACCUGGCACAACAAGAAAAGACACAACACCACAAACUUCCUCAUCGGCAACCUGGCCCUGGUCGACCUGCUCAUGUGCGUCUUCUGCGUCCCUUUGACUGCGUCCUACGCCUUUGACCGGCGCGGGUGGGUGUUUGGCCCCCACUUGUGCCUCUUCGUCACCGUGAUGCAGUCGGCGGCCGUCUACGCGGCCUGCCUCUCCCUCAUGGCCAUCGCGGUGGACCGUUACGUGGUCGUGGCUUAUCCCAUCCGCAGAAGAGCGGGGGGCCAGUUUUGCUGGGGUCUGGUGGUCGCCAUCUGGCUGUCCUCCCUGGCUUUAUCCGCGCCCACGGCGCUGCACACCGUCCACCUGGACCUGCGGGCUGCAGGGCUGCACAUGGCCGUUUGUGAGGAGUUCUGGGAUGGCCAGGAGCGAGGCCGGCUCAUCUACUCCUGCUUCAUACUCCUCUUCUCCUACUUUGUCCCACUGGCUGCCGUCUCCGUCUCCUACUGUGCCAUAUCCUACCAGCUGAGGCAGAGGACCGCGUCAGGAUUGACGGCGUGUCAGGAGCUGAGAUCUGCGGGGGCCGCAUGGAGCAGACGGAGGAGGAAGACUUUCUGUCUGCUGUUGGUGUCCGUCCUGUGUUUUGCCUUCUCGUGGCUUCCCUUACAGCUGGUGAAUCUCAUCCGUGACCUGGACACAGAUUUCUCCAUCCUAGGGAAGGAUUACAUCAACAUCGUCCAGGUGUCCGCUCACCUGCUCGCCAUGAGCUCCGCCUGCUACAACCCUUUCAUUUACGCCUCAUUUCACCAAAAAAUCCUCACCUACCUCUGCGGCCGAUUGAUUUUCCGCAACAGAAAAGCAAGAAAGGACGGGGGACGCCGGUCGAACGCCCUGACGAUGACGCACAGGGGGCGCCGGCAUCUCACCACCACGAUGGCAGCGGAUUUACCCGCCGCAAAUUGCGCCAUUCCUCAAGACAUCUACGCAUAAUAGUUGUCUUGUGAAUUUGUACUUCGUAGACACAAGGACACUUUGUAUCUGCUUCACGUCACAUAAAACCUCAAUCUGUAAUCUAAUCAGUGUUCAUGUAAACGCUACACGCAACCUUGACUUUUAGAUAUUUGUAUCUGCAUGCUUUUAAUUCCAUUCAUAUCAUUUAUUUGAAUUGUGUGUGUGUGUGUUGGGUGUUUCAAUUAUCUGUGUGAGCUGUGGAUUUGUUAUGGAGGUGUUAUUGCAGAUGAGGUUUUAUUUGUUGCCGGCCUUAUUUUAACAAGUGACUGCAGCUGCGCCCGUCGUCGAUGGACGGGAUCAGCAGACGGAGCAGCGCGGAAGAUUUUAUGGCAAAGUAUUGUGAACGGUUGUUUUAAGAGUUUUAUAAAUGUUUCCGCCAUUUAGCUUUUAAAUUGUUCAGCGCUCUGUCCUCAUGGCGGUAAAACCUACUUAACGUCUCGCACGUGCUGGCCCAAUUUGGUGUCCUUUUUUAAAACUUGUCUCUUUUAUUGGGUUUUACGGCUGCAGGAGAUCUGUGGGAGAACUUUUAGAUCCAGUCAUUUUAGACGGUGUUUGAUAUCGAGAUUGACUGUUUUUAACUACCUCACUGCAGAACCCUUUGGUUACAUUCACACUAAAGGCCAAAAACUCAAAAAUGGUUGCAAAGCUUUCAUAACUGCUUUUUUCUCUUCUUUGACUGAAUUUCCAAAUACACUUUGAUUAAUAGGAUGUGUGUAAUGCUUGUGUUAAAAGUAUGUUUAUUCAGCAGUGAAACACAUUAGACUGUGAUUCAAAAUAUAUACCUGUACGGUUUUUUUCUCUUGUCUUUGCAAUAAUACAGAAACAAUACAUUUAUGUAAUUGUUGUAUGUAUUCACAUUCUUGAGUGUGACAUUGAUGCUUUCUUUAUGCACAGCAUGUUUUUCUUAUCUAAAUGUUUUAAGCAAUUCUUAUCAACUUUAUUCAAUAUAUUUAUUUGUAUUUGUUGAUUAAUAUCUUCUCUACAAUAUUUUUGG